UUAGGAAAAGAAUUACUGAUGCCUUUCCUGAAGGCUUGCCAUAUAUAAAACCAAAACCCUUGCUUUACACUUCUGGCGCUGAUUGGGAAUAUCAACCUCACCCAUCUUUGAAGGGUAUCUUGAGAAAAGAGCUUAAAGAUCAUUAUAAAAAUUUUACUUCAGGUCGUUUUGACAAAUUGAAUCUUCCACUAUACCUCUUCCUUUCUGGAGCUGGUACUGGAAAAUCACGAAACGCUAACGAAUUCCACCAGACGGCAAUCACAUGUUUGUCAGCUCAAGAAGAUGAAGAGCUUUUGAUUAGAGUUAAAGAAGCUUGGGUAUUCCUUGUCAGCUUUGAGAAUGGUUUCAACUUGCAAAUAAAAAAUGAAUCUGACUCUUAUCUUGCCAUUGGAACUCGUAUGCUAUUUCAACUUCUUAGAGAGAAAAUGGAGUUUCGUGAAAUUAUCAAGACAUACGAGCCACCAGAUCCGUUGGAUGUUGUGUCAUUGAUUUCCAAAUACUAUAACCAAAACAAGAAAAACAUUACAGUCAUUUUGGUUGUUGAUGGCAUGCAACAACUUAUGAAGAAAAAAGAUGAUGGUUUAGAUUUAAAUUCUGAGUUUUAUGCGACACUGACAUCUGUUGCAAAUCUUGUAUUUAGUGGCACUUUCGUGAUACCUGUUUGCACCUCAACUAUUGCUGGGCCGAUUGAUAAUACGCUAAGAUAUUCGACACGGAAACGUAUAUAUUUACCAGUCACUUCUCUAAAACCUCCAAACUACCAUCAAGGAGAUAAUUUGAUUCCGGUUUUUAAAAAUGACGAGAUUACCAAUAUUCUUGUAGAAGACUGUGGAGGGCAUGGAAGGGCUUUAGAAGUUUUAAAUGAUUGCUUGGCUGGUCGUAGUGUUGAAGAAUGCAACGUCAAUACUUUGAUGAAUGAUCUGCGUAAAAACCUAAUUGAAAAAUAUGGUGGUACUAUUCUUGAUUCAUUGGAAGAUGCCAGGCCUAUUGCAAGAGCAAUAUUGACUCGGCGUAUUUUAAAUAGAUAUUAUCCUAUUCCUAAAACUAACAAAACACCAGAUGAAUUUGUUGGGAGUGGGUUAAUUCGAUUUGAACAAUUAAGUGAUAAUCGAAGGGGAUAUCUCACCGCACCGUACAUCUGGCUCUGGAUAUUUGUGGAGAUAUCCAAUGAAGAGGGAGAUCCAUUACUUCGAGAUUGGGAAUUUGCUGAUUAUGGGGAGCAAAGAGUACUCUUGAAUCCAGUAACCUCAUUGCAAGCGAAGUCAUGGCAGGGUUUUGAAAAAUUUGUCGCGUCAUUUCGUUGUAUAAAGUCAGCUGUGAUUGAAGAAGAUGAACUAACAAAGAUCUCAGAGGUUCACGCGGGAGCACGUUUGAAUGGUGAUAUCCAAUUUAAAAACCACAAUCUACGACUUGAAAUUGCAAAACACCAUACAGACACAAAAUCUAAAGGUCACACUGCAAGCGAAUGGAAUGUUGAUUGCUAUAAUUCUACCGUUGAUGUCCGGGAAUUCAAACAUUGUAUCAUUAAUGCCCCAGCUUCACCAUAUGGCGAUUCUUUCCUUUCAUUAGAUCAGCUAGGUACUAAAAGUCCAAAUGAAAUCCACCAAUCCAACUUGCGAAAAAAAGCAGUCAGUAAAAAGGAAUACCAAGAAGAGCGUGAAAAAUCUGCAUCAGAAAAUGAUUUUUUCAUCCUCUUUACGACUUCAAAUUGUAAUAUUGAAAUUCCGAAACGGUCUGGGAUUGUAGACAGAAAUGCCUUUACGAGCUAUUUUGGACCAUUUGCUGGAAGAGCAUACAAAUCCGCUAUGGCUGAUCCUCCUAUCUAUAAUAAAGUCAAGAAUAUCCAUACUGUUUCUCUUGGACAACUCUGCAGAAUGAAUCAAAUUAGCAAAGAACGAAUGAAUGCAAAAACAAAGAUACCAAUGAAUAUAUUGAAGAAUUUUUAUUUCCGAAAAGGCCUUCAUAUGAUUUCUCACAUUUUGCUUUGA